AUUCGCACAGUUCGACCCAUUACCCCACAGCUCAUUCCUCUAGCAAUAUGUCUACUCCUCGUUCCCUUCCUCAUCCUGCUAUCAGGUCUAUCUGGGGUAUACGUAUGGCGUUCUGUUGCGGUUGGUUGGGAGGUCCCAUUGUACCUGCAAUAUGGGGAUGGACUCCCACCGUAUGCUGAAGUAUCGUUGCCCACAUUGAGUGCCGUUCAACCAUACGACUUCACACUUCGCCUCGAUGUUCCGGCGAUAGAGUCGAAUUUCCAUCUUGGAAAUUUCAUGAGCACGUUAACUUUGUCUACGACUUCAAACAAGACAAUAGUCACAACCCGACGACCUUCCAUGAUCCUUCCUCCGACGUCAUCCUGGAUACCUUUCGUCUCCUCGAAGAGGAGGACCGUUGCGAUCGAAGUCCAGUUUUUGAAGUCGUAUGUCACUGGCCACAGCCAUGUCGUGGCCAGGGUUGAAAUUGGGAGGCAAGACAGCUGGAGGAGUCUUGGCUCAGGAGAGGGUCGCGAAUUGAGUGUUUUGUCAGCAUCGGUAUCCGGGACAGUGCGACAUAAAGGCAUCCGCGGCCUGAUAUCUCGGUAUCCUUUCAUGUUCGGGAACAUCGCAGCAGCGACAUUCCUGCUCUGCUCCUUGGCCGUGUUGGCAGCAUGUCUUCUCCCU